AUGCUGGCCAGUUUGUCAUCGCUGCCCAGUCUUUUGAGCUCCUCUACAGGUCUCGGGGCCUUUGCGAGCACUGGAUCACAGAGCGUCGCUGUGGUGAAUUUGGUGAUUAGCUUGGCAAUUCUUGUGAUUUUGUUUCUCCUGCUCCCUUGGCGGAGACUUCGCUGGCCGCUUCCCAUGCCUUGGGACAUCUUCCGCCAAGUCUCUUUUGCCAAUCUCCGGAUGGUUUGUCCAGAAAGCCAUGCCUUGGACAGCGAGCUUUUGGAAGUUACAGAACUCGAUCCAAAGCGCUUUCGAGAUGUGAAAAGCGAUGAGGCCACCCUUCCACUACAAGAGCUUUUGGAAUGGAUCGCCAAACAUCCUUUCACUGGCUACAAAGGUGGGAUUGCACGAUUGGUGGCGAAAAUCCUAUGGCUUGAACGUGGCAAUCCGGAUUUGGAGUCCGAGAUUCAAGGUUUCAAUGACAUUGACCUUAUUUGUUUUCUGCAAGAUGGUGAAGAGCAGCAGAAGGCUGAAAUGAAAGAACUUGUUGAUGCAGGUUUGUCAAUUGGAGGCAUUCCUGUCGAGGCACAAGAUGUGGAGUACUCUUACGACACCAUUCCCCAUGUUCUGGCCACGCGGGACUUGACCCAGAACCAGUGUAUUAUUGUAUCUGAUGGUGCCGGCCGGGUCUUCCUAAUCAAUGCGCAAAUAUGUCACAAGCACACCUUGCAGAGCAAGACUGCGCCUGCUGCUGCGUCUGACAACAGCACCCUGGAUGACCUUGGCAAUGUGGUGGCAAAGCCCCGCGCUGUUGGCCGUGCCAUCAUUCAGAAAGUAUACACCGAGUUGCUUCGACUGGGUUUUGUGGACCACCAGCAGUUUCCGCACGUGCUUUGGGGUGAGUGCUAUGCCUACGUGAACUCUUUGAUCUCGCGACAUGGCUACCGCUUGGAGCUUGAAAGCGACUUCGACUCAGCGGCAGUUGAGAAAUGGAAAGAAGCAAAGUAUGCCGAGCAGUUAGCUCGGACUCGCAUCAGCAUCUUCCGGGAUUUUCGCUUCCACCGCAUGGUUCUGGACGAGACGUUUCUCAUGCCAUAUGUCAUUGCCGACACCCCCCCUGACAGCUGGGCUGGUCACACGGAUGCCGGUCAGCUGGAGCACCCUUCUCGGGAGCACCUCACUCGCUUGCGACGCCUUCAAUCCCGGACGGCCAUUGCAGCAGAGGGUGGCUCGUUGACUUCUUCAACCGCACGAUUUGAGCAGACGCAGCCAGGAACAACCUUCCGUCUUGGUGGAAGUGAAGCUGCAGACAGUGCCAUAAGGCUGAUACGCUCCACUGCUCAUGAGAAAGGAGAAGAGAAAGCUCGACAGAUUGUCGAGCGCAUCCUCAGCAGUGGUGGUGCCUUUCUGGAACAGGAUGAUUUGCCAGAUGACCAGCAUGACCCCUUGCUGAACCAGAACAUGUUUGGGAAAUUGACCAUGACGGAGACGUUCCUUCACCUUUGCCGCAUUGCAAAGAUUGCGUGGCCGCGAUUCCUGGCUUCUUUCCUGGUGAACGGCUUUGCAGCCGUGCUGUUUGUCCUUGUCAUCAACCAUGUUGUGUCGGCUUACUGGUUGCUUUGUGCAGCAGCGGCGAAUGCACUGGGCGCCUGGCUGUUCAUCUCUGCAUCUAACCAUGCCAUGCUGAACGUGCUUUCCUCAAUGUUUUUGGCCUUGCUGAAUAUAAAAGCCGAUGCCUUCUCUACGAGGAUGUUUUCAGAAGUUUGGAGCCGUUUGGUGGGUGACACCCGUGCAUUGCAAGGUGUGCUGGAGUCCUGUAGUGAACUCACCAUUGAAGCUCUUACUGCUAUUGGUGCUUUUUUUGUCCUGUCCUCGUCCGUGGAACCUUCUUGUGAUUCAGCCAUUUGGGGAACUCUUUUGUUGGUACUUUCAACUGGCGUUAGCAUGGUGGCAAUAUCAUUACUUGCUGGCUUUUCGCUCAGACAUGCGUCUCGAAUGUCUAGAAGCAUGAUCGGAUACUUGUACUCUUAUAUGUUCACGAGCCUCAGCAACUUCUUUGAGACCAAGUUUAUCCCUGAGCUAUUUGCUUCCACGACCGCUGCAUAUGAAACAAUCCAGGGUGCGAGCCUGGAACAACGAAAGAGGCUCCUGUUAAUACAUCAGGUCGUUUCAAUUUUCUUGCGCGUCACUGAAUUUGCUGCUCUCACGCAAGCCUUAUAUCGCAUUGUCCACUCCAGCACCGACACCAGCUGUUUGCACAGCUAUUCUAUUGAAGCUAUGUCCAUUCCCAUCCUUCUGAGUGCACUUCGUCGAGCUAGCGAAGCAUUGCUGCAGCUUUUCGCAUCUGUUGGAUCGUUGGAGCGCUUAUUCCUGCUCUCCCGGGCCCUAUUGCGAUACUCGACACCUCGUUUUGAUGGCAUCAACCGAAUUGCUUCAGAUCGCAUCAUGGUGGAAAUCCCCCACAGCUUCACAGUCUCUUUGGGUUCGCCGCAGACUGUAGACAAUCCGACUGCUUGA